AUGACAAUGGGGUGCAGCCUCAUCUCCCUUCGGAUCCGGCCCUGCCUGGAAAUUGUGUUCCCAGCCCAGAACUACAGAGGGGAUCCAGACAAAUCUGACAUUUGGGGGAACGCCCCUCUCCACCACGCAGCCUCCAAUGGCCACACCCACUGCGUUUCCUUCUUGAUCAACUUUGGCGCCAACAUCUUCGCCCUGGAUAACAACAUGCGCUCUCCUCUUGACGCAGCGGCCCACAGGAACCGCUACGAAUGUGUCCAAAUCCUUGACAACGCCGCCACGGAGCAGGGCAUCAAGAAUCCCAAAAAGGUCUCCCGCGUGAAGGCCCAGGCUCAGCGCGAUGCUCAGAGGCAGAUUCAAGAAUGCGAACGACGCCAAGAGAGACACGAGCACGAGAUGGCCAGGCAUUACAACAGGACGCAAGCCGCAAGAGGAACAGCCACCCGGACGCGUGUGAUGAAUUUUUUUACCUCGAGCUCACUAGGGACGCUGCCCAAACAUCUGAAGGACACCUUCAGGCGAGGGGGGAGAAAGAAGGAAAAUUUGGAUGACCAGGACACGAGGAGCAUUGACCAAGCAAAGGAGGUCCCAGUGGGCCGUCCAGCCGUGAUGGAUGUGUUCAGUGAAAACGAGGAGGACGACCUAGAAAGUCAAGGCAAAAACGGUAUUCCUGAAGAUCAACAACCGUCCAUUUUUAAUCGUCCCGGUCUUGGGAACAUUGUCUUCAGAAACCACUUGGCCUCAGGUGGGACUCCGCCCUCCGCGUUGCCUGAGAAAGAAGAGAUCAGCUUCCAAAUGCCUGAUGAACUCUUUCAGUUCAAAAGGACCGAGGUGGACAAUGACCCGGAUCUGGGGGUCGACGGCGAAGAACCUUGGAUCGAGGCAGAAAUCAGAUGGGACGAUGGCAACACAGAGACCACCCCCCUCGAAGUCUUUCUGGCAUCGCUAGAUCUGAAUGAAUACCUUCCCGUCUUGAUGAGAGAAAAUAUUGAUUUGGAGACACUCACGCUGUGCUCCAACGAAGACCUCCAGAGCAUACAGAUGCAGCUGGGCCCAAGGAAGAAGAUCCUCCUUGCAAUGGACAGAAGGAAGGAAGUGCUGGCAAAGCCGGGCAAGGCAGAAGACACCAAGCUAUAA